AAUGAAAGGAUCGUUUCUAGCAAGAAAAAUAACGUAUAAAAAUUCAAACGUAAAUCGUUACAUUUUGUCUCACGAAAAUUCUCGAAAAAAAAAAAAAGGAAAAGCACGUCUUGUUGUCGACACGGACGAAAGAAGAGGCAUCAUUGCGAGACAAUGGAUCUUCAUCACGAAGAUCGACGAUCCCCCGUCGUGAAAGGUGUAUCGUAAAUAUUCUGGCACAGCUUCAAAAAGCUGAAAUUGUAGCAACGGGGUUGCCCCCGUUGACGCGCAUUAUGAACCAUCCCUGGUACAGCUCCAGGAAAAGCUCGAUAAAACACCGAUAAUACAAUGUUUCGAAUACGAUAAAUAAUAUCUUCUCUGCCGAGGGGGGGGAUGGCGAUGCCAGGAGAGAAAUGUAUUACGAAAUUAAUUUGAAAACGUUGAAAAGGCGAUUGAUCAACGAAGAAGAAUCCUCCUUUUUUUCUUUUUCUUUGUAGUACGAAUUUUAAUGCGUUCGAGAACCGCAAGUGUGGGUAUUAUUCGAAAGAUGGCGCCGAGUUGGAACUAAAUUAUUUAUUUCUUUAAGUGUGUAUGAAGAUACAACGGAUAUAGUAUAAUGAUAAACUAAACAGUGAUUUAUAUAAAUUUAAUAACGAUAGAAACGAUGAUAGUAAUCAUUUAGAAAUUGAAAGAAAUAGAAAAAUUGUCAGCUGAAGUUAUGGAUAUUAUUAUUUGUCUUAUUUGUCAAAAAAGUAUAAUAAACAGAAAGGAUGCUCGGGAAAUCCGGACGCGAAGCGGCUGUACGACGACCUCCUGUCGAAUUACAACAAGCUGGUUCGUCCAGUAGUCAACGUCACAGACGCCCUCACCGUUAAAAUCAAGCUCAAACUCUCUCAGUUGAUCGACGUAAAUCUGAAAAAUCAAAUCAUGACAACGAACCUCUGGGUAGAACAGUCAUGGUACGAUUACAAGUUAAAAUGGGAUCCAAAGGAAUAUGGUGGGGUGGAAAUGCUACACGUGCCAUCCGAUCAUAUAUGGAGGCCCGAUAUAGUUUUGUACAACAACGCCGACGGUAAUUUCGAGGUGACGCUGGCAACGAAGGCGACGCUGAAUUACACAGGGAGGGUCGAAUGGAAGCCACCGGCCAUAUACAAAUCCUCUUGCGAGAUCGACGUAGAAUACUUUCCGUUCGACGAGCAAACGUGCGUCAUGAAGUUCGGCUCGUGGACUUAUGACGGCUUCCAGGUUGAUCUUCGACACAUCGACGAAAUUCGUGGCAAAAAUGUCGUCGACAUCGGCGUUGAUCUGUCCGAGUUUUAUACUUCCGUCGAGUGGGAUAUCCUAGAAGUCCCAGCCGUGCGAAAUGAAAAAUUUUACACGUGCUGCGACGAGCCCUACCUCGACAUCACGUUCAACAUCACCAUGAGACGGAAGACUCUAUUUUACACCGUCAAUCUUAUAAUACCGUGUAUGGGUAUCUCGUUUCUCACGGUGUUGGUCUUCUAUCUGCCAAGCGACAGUGGCGAGAAGGUCAGCCUAUCAAUUUCAAUUCUACUGUCGCUGACUGUGUUCUUCCUUCUGCUGGCCGAAAUUAUCCCGCCCACAUCGCUCGUAGUACCGCUUCUUGGUAAAUUCGUCCUUUUCACCAUGAUCCUAGACACCUUCAGUAUAUGCGUAACCGUGGUAGUCCUCAAUGUUCACUUCCGGUCGCCACAGACGCACGUGAUGGCACCAUGGGUCCGUCGUGUUUUUAUUCAUGUUCUGCCAAGACUACUGGUGAUGCGCAGGUAUAAUACGCCUUCGAAGAGAUCCGAUUAUGAUUCCAGGCCGCAAUACCAGAUAGAUAAACGUAGCAUGGGUAGUCAUCAUGGUCAACGAGUAAUGGUCAGAACGUGCAAUGGUCUCGAAUUGCGGGAUCCGUCACUUUUUGUAGAGACUUCAGCCUCGGAGCUGGUUGAAUCUUCCGUUUUGUUUCCGAGUCUCGAUUCGCGGGACGAAUUACAUCCUCGGGAAUUAGAAGCUGUGAAUUUAGGAAGUGCGUGUCGCAUUCACGGUUCACCAGCGACCACGGCUGCUCCUCCGCAACUGCCGACCGAGGAGAGCGUGGACGCUCUCUGUAACACUCUUCAUCAUUGGCAUCACUGCCCAGAAAUAUAUAAAGCUAUCGAAGGCAUUCGUUUCAUUGCUGAUCAUACGAAAAGAGAAGAGGAUUCUACCAGAGUCAAGGAAGAUUGGAAAUAUGUCGCGAUGGUGCUUGACAGGCUAUUUCUCUGGAUUUUUACAUUAGCCGUAGUCGUCGGUACGGCAGGAAUCAUCCUGCAGGCACCAACGCUUUAUGACGAUCGCAUUCCCAUUGACGUACGACUGUCCGAGAUCGCUUCCACCACUGCCAAGCCACACAUCGUUACGAGCCUCUGAAAAACAAUUGUUCAAUUUCGUUAUUCUUCACGUACAACGCAUGCUCACGUACACACACAUGCGUUUAUACACCUACAUAAAUAUAUAUAUAUAUAUAUAUGUAUAUAUAUAUAUAUAUAUACAAUGUAUUACGCAACAACGUAAGAACAAAUACGAAAUGCGUUCACGUUAACCAGGGACUCUAUAAAAAAAUACCCAUAUACUAUCAAUCAUUUUGAUAGUACUUAUAAAUUGUACAGAAAGUCUGUUAGCGUUAAUUGACAUUGAUAACUUACACUGAUCGUCAUUUUGCUAGAUCCGAAACGGCUGAUACAUUAAAGUAUUUCUAGUACUAUUAAAGAUAUUUCUAUUUCUAUCGCUUUAAUCUCGAUUCAUUAUUUGUAUCGGAUAUUAAAGUCAGUUCUUUGAUUCUCACAAGAAUUGCAAUUUUUUUUUUUUAAAUUGAUUGAUUUGUAAUACGAGAAUGAUAAAUAUACAUUGGAAUAGACAUUAGUAAAUGUAUCCAAAUAUUUUUAGAUUUUAUUCAAAUUUAAGAAAUUCUAAUAUUCUUGCGAAUACUUUUGAAAUAGAGGUUUUACGUCCCUGGUAUAAACGACUGAAAGACUGAAGCCUCGGUGAGUCUUCGACUUUUCGCGUGAAUUAUAUGACUAAUGGCCAAUUAACUGCUGUUUGCCCGCUCGAGGCGAGGAUUCUCAAAGCAUACGCACACAAGCGGUCAUACAUAGGAAUAAAACUAACAAAAGUGAAUGAAAAUUAGAUGAAACUGGAACUGGAAUAAAUGUAAUUAAACAUAUUUUUUGACCUUGAUCGCAAUCUUUGAAAAUCAUAUUUCUAAAUAAUGAUGAUAUAUUUCUUUUGUUUUCACAUAAAAGAUUAAAAUUCGAAUUGUAAUGGUCAAGAAAUAUGUUUUUGCAUAAAAGUUGAAAGCAAACGACUUUUGACUCGUGAUUUUAUUGUUAAUAUUACAAACGAACGAAAGAUAGAAUGAUCAGGUUGUCAAAAUAUGUACACAAUAUAGAAUUAAUACGGAGAGACUUAAAAAGGGUUCGAUUUUAUGCCAGUUGCAUUCACGGUACAGUUGUGAUUCUUUCAGAAAAAUAAAUCGAUGAACGUAUUACAUUAGAUAUUAUCAUUUCAAGAGUGAUUGAAAAUAAUAGAUAUAAAAAAUAUAAUAUUUAUUUGUUUAUAAAUGUUUAAAGUAACACUAAUGUUCCAUUAACUUGAAAAAAAAUCUCGAAGAACAUUAUUUCAUAAUUUAUAUCGCAUUAAAGUGUUCUCAUAAAUGUGUUAUUAAAUACGAAGAACAAAAAUUAUAAAAAAACAUGGGACCGAAGUGUUAUAUUUUACACAAUGUAGUUUCAAAUUGAAAUGAGCUUUAAAAUAAAGAUCGAUCAACGAUAAAUUAAAGCAAUUAUAAAAAUUAUAUAAAAAAGGAUCACAAUCAUUGAUAUGUAUAUGGCAUGGAAUUCGAUAAAGCCUGUUGCAGACUCAGGAAAGAAGAGAACAAUUUCUAAAGUUUACAUCGAGCCUGUAACAAUGGGGCCAUAUUUUCACAAAAUACAAAAACAAGGAAAAGAAUAGAGAAUGAAAUCGCGUGUCUCUCUAGGUGUGAAGUUGUAAAUUCUAAAUAUUUGCAUUCAUAUAAGGCGCGCAAAGUGGCGAUAAGAAAAGCAAAUAAGAAAAAAAGUGUUGGGCCUAAGAAAGUUUCACUGACUCAACUUUUAUUGCUCAUAAUACGUAAUAUGUUUGUAAUAAGGUACACUUUCGUAAUUAUGUUCGUUCCAGACCACCGACGAACUGUGAAAUGUUUAUUACACAUAUUAACACGGCGUGCAUGAAGGGACAAGAAAACAAGAUGAAAUGCACGAAGAAAAAUGAAAACGUUGCAACUGUUUAUUAUUGCAAUCGCGUUCUGAAUAAUUUACUGUCUUCCUAAACUACGAAAUUAAUGACUUACUUUUGAUGAGCAACAGUCAUAUGUUUGCGAUUUACUGUUGUUCCAGCCCAAUAAACUUGCAAAAAAUAAAAUAAAAAAAAUUAUAAAAACAGGAAAAAUAAGUAGAGCCUGAUUGGUAAAAUUACUGUUAAUUAAGUAUAUAUGAAUAUCCAGAAUUUUAUGUCUUAAGAGUAAAGCUUAAAAAUUCUUUUGACAAAAAUUCUUUUUUUGAUCGCUGAUCGUAGAUUUUUUAACUUAGUCCUACCAUUCGGCUUAUCGUCUGUAUCACGACGAACCACUAAUGCCUGCCAGUAGUCAACAAGAAUAUUGAAAAAAAGAAACACAUUUUGACAAUUUUGUAUGCACUAACUCUGAAGAAAUUUAAUCAAUGAAUUAUUCAAUAAUAUAAAUUCUUCCAAUAAAUUUUAUCAUUAUUGUGAUUUAUAAUAAAACAUUUCUUUCAAAAACGGUGAAGUUAAAAAGAAAACAGUUUUAAGGGAAUAAAAAAAAUUAAAAUUAUCACUGGCUGGCAUGACAUUGAUAUGGAUUUUACAUAUGGAUCUUAUGUUUGUUAAUAUUUUUUUUAUUUUAAUUUUUUGUCGUUUGAGAGAGUGCGUGAAAGAUAUCUGUGUGAAUGAAGAAUAAUAUUGAAACAAAAAAAAAAAAAGAAAACAAAAAGUAGAAAAAAAGAAAGAAAAGAGAAACUGAUUAUAUGUUAUUAUGAGGAGAUAAGCGCAGUGAUAGUUACUCAACGUAAGUUACAAAACAAUUUAACUAUAUAUAUGUAUAUGUGUGUGUAUAUGUAUAUAUAUAUGUAGGUGUAUAUGUAUAUAUAUGUAUACAUUAUGUAUAUAUAUAUAUAUAUAAAUAUUAUAAAUAACCAUUAUCACACACGAUAAAAGUAAUAUGGCAAGAUAUUUUGUGAGUGUGUCUAUAAGCUCGAUUAUAAAACUUACGUAAAUUAAGCAGACAGUUUGUCUUUAUUUACGAGAUUGAAAAUGUUGUUCCAAUAGAGGAAAAGAUUUUAUAAAUGGUGUGUUGAACUUUUAACGGUCGUCAUUCACAUGAAAUGGCCUUAUAUUCAGCACUCGGACUCACAACGUAUUCAGGGAGAGAAGUGUUGCUAUAUUAAAUGUAGUUUUACUCAUCGGAUUAUGCAUAAAGCAUAAUUAAUCAACCUAUAAUUAAAUAUUUUAUCAUCGAUUCGAUUAUGCAUUUUCACUUUAUAUGUGAUUUUCAUUUAUUAAUACAAUAAGAUAUACAUUGUUUGAAUGAACUUUCAGAAGUGCGACGAACAUGAUUUUUAAUCACAAACGAAAUUAUUUAGAUACAUUAUUGUUCGAAGAAUUAAAUAUUUACAUAAUUUUUUUCAAAAAAUAUUUUCUGUAAAUAUUUCUCGAAAUGUUACAAUAAUAUAAUGUUACAAUGCAUUGAGAUAUUUCAAGAUAAGUGUCAAAUGAAGCAGUUAUAAAAGGAAAUUGAUAUUAACGAGGCAUAUGAUGCUGCUGCCAUACUGAAUAGGAUUUUAUUCAAACAUUCGUUUAUAAUAUUUUUCAUUAAAUUGUAUAACAUCGUGGAACAAUUCAGCCUAAAUACAUGUACUAUAUUUUAUUGA